GAAGAAAAUGAAGGAAGAGAAAAAGGUCAGGAACGAAGGGUAUUAGGUCGAGACAAGACGAAUGCGAUUCGUUGCGAUAUCCGACUGUCGAGAUAAUUACUUAUCCCUCCCUAAAGUGUUCUCAGAAGGGGAGACGUUCUAUGAAUAUCAUAUGUUUUUAUGCGUGAUUCUUCGUUGAAGCAUCGUUGGAUUAACAACAACAGCAGAUAUAUCCUUGUUAUGACAAUGGCGACUUUUCGUAAGAAGCACCUUUGUUCGUCGAACGUAGCUGUAAGCGCCGUAUUUUUCGAUCUGGACAACACUCUCAUCGAGACUAGGAAGGGCGACAAUCAGACGUGUCGGAAGUUGGCUGAUGAAUUAACACAAGAAUAUGGCAUCCCUGAAGAUGUAUCUGUCAAGCUGACAGCAACAUAUUUGAAGCUCUUUAGAAAGUGUCCUGAUAAUGUGAUUUAUACUUUGGACGUUUGGCGUACAACUCUGUGGAGUAAAGCACUUGGAGAGAAAUACUCAUAUCUAGCAAAAAGGAUAUACGAGCGAUGGUUGUAUUUACGAUAUUAUUAUUUGGCACUGUCGUCAGAUGUAAUUUCUAUGAUCAGACAGUUGAGGAAAAAAUACCUCUUAGGCUUGAUUACAAACGGCCCUUCCAAUGCACAAUGGGAAAAAAUACGUAAACUUUCGCUCGAGCAAUACUUCGAUAUCAUCCUAGUAUCUGGCGAUUUACCAUGGGAAAAACCACACAGAGAAAUAUUCAGAAGAGCAUGUCGAUUUUUAAAUGUUAAGUCAGAGAAAUGCAUAAUGGUUGGUGAUAAACUCGAAACCGAUAUUCUAGGAGGAAUUGAAGCAGGUCUGGGAGGUACAGUUUGGAUUCCGAUCUCGGACAAGCCACAUUUAUUAGAGGAAGAUCCACAACCAGAUUUUACUAUAAGUCAUAUAACAGAUAUAUUAAAUAUUUUAAACAGAGGACCUGAUGCACCAGAAUUAGAAGAUUCUUCUUCAAAUGCAUCCGACGGCAGCUGAUGAGAAAACAAAUUAUUUUUUUUUAUUUUUCAUAAAUUAUCAGAGUUACUGGGAAAUUUUUGCAUACUAAACUUUCUUCAUUUUAUUUAAACUCGAAAUAUUUUCCUCGCAAGUAAGUACUGUUUAUUAUAUAGCUUACUGCAAUAUGUAAUUUGUGUUAUUUGCUAAAAAAUAAUUCAGAGACAUCUUCCAAAAAUUUCUGAUUACCAUGGCACUAAAUAGAAGAAGAUGAAAGAAUAUUUAACUGUUUGUACUACGAGGUUUUUUUUUUUUUUUUUUAAGUAUGUUUUCCCCGCGACUAAGAAUUUCUAUCUUAAUUUUUACAUCGUAUACAUGACACUUAAACUGCUUUUUUAUUUUUCUUGAAUUUUUUUGUAGUAUUUUCUACUUAAUUUACCAUUUUAAAAGCAGCUACAACUUCACGAAAACUGAAUAUGUGAAUGUACUAUAAGUGAAAAAAAUGCAACUUACGUACAAAGUGCACGAGCACGUUUGCACCUGUGUAUUAAUAUGAAAAGUAUAUACUGUUAAUGAAAGAUAACCAUUUUAGUUUUAUAUUCUAUGUAUACUUAUGUGUAAUGUAUACAUUAUAUAUAAUAGGCUCUGUACAAUGUUACAAACUAUAUUGUAGGCAUGUAAACAUAUGUUUAAUAUAUAAAUACUAUAUAUUGUAUAAACAGAUCACAUACAUAUUGUAAUUACAUGUGUACAUCUAAAACAUGUAUUUUUUCACUACAUAUUUUAUCUUUGUUGAUAACGUAGUGUAUAGGAAUGAAACAGAACUGAUAUUGUAAAAAUGAUGGAAAUACUUAAAGAGACACAACUAAUAAAACGAACACGUUUUCCAUUUAAUA